UGUUCUCAAUGUUCUAGUUCUCAGGCUUUGCAUAAAAGGUUUUGCUCAAACCACAUUGCAACUUCAAUUCAAUUCAAUCCCCCUUUGGAGUUUACCUCUCUCGGGAGAAAGUUUGCAAAUUUACGCAGUAAUCGGAGAAAGAAUCAACAAUGGCACCUGAGCACGAUGACGAUCUCAAAGACGAGAAGAACCCUCGACCCCUCGACGAGGAUGACAUCGCCCUCCUCAAAACCUACGGUUUGGGACCCUAUUCCACUAGCAUAAAAAAGGUGGAGAAGGAAAUCAAAGAUAUGGCAAAGAAAGUGAAUGACUUAUGUGGUAUCAAGGAGUCUGAUACUGGUUUAGCUGCACCAAGCCAAUGGGAUCUUGUUUCUGAUAAGCAAAUGAUGCAGGAGGAACAGCCCCUUCAGGUGGCAAGGUGCACAAAGAUUAUAAAUCCAAACUCUGAAGAUGCCAAAUACGUUAUCAAUGUGAAGCAGAUUGCUAAGUUUGUUGUUGGGCUAGGAGACAAGGUUUCCCCCACUGACAUAGAGGAAGGGAUGCGUGUUGGGGUUGAUAGAAACAAAUAUCAGAUUCAGAUUCCCUUGCCUCCAAAAAUUGAUCCAAGUGUUACCAUGAUGACAGUUGAAGAGAAGCCAGAUGUGACAUAUAAUGAUGUUGGUGGUUGUAAAGAGCAGAUUGAAAAGAUGCGUGAAGUUGUUGAACUUCCCAUGCUUCAUCCAGAGAAAUUUGUCAAGCUUGGGAUUGAUCCUCCAAAGGGUGUUCUUUGUUAUGGUCCACCAGGAACUGGGAAAACACUUUUAGCCAGAGCUGUGGCUAAUAGGACUGAUGCUUGCUUCAUAAGGGUUAUUGGAAGUGAGCUAGUUCAGAAAUAUGUUGGUGAGGGGGCUCGGAUGGUUCGUGAACUAUUUCAGAUGGCUCGUUCAAAGAAGGCAUGCAUUGUGUUUUUUGAUGAAGUUGAUGCAAUUGGAGGUGCACGGUUUGAUGAUGGUGUUGGUGGUGACAAUGAGGUUCAGCGUACAAUGCUUGAAAUUGUUAAUCAGCUUGAUGGAUUUGAUGCACGAGGAAACAUCAAAGUCUUGAUGGCUACUAACAGGCCCGACACGCUCGAUCCAGCACUACUACGGCCUGGGCGAUUGGAUCGUAAAGUUGAAUUUGGUCUUCCUGACCUAGAGAGCAGAACACAGAUAUUCAAGAUACACACAAGAACCAUGAACUGUGAAAGAGACAUCCGAUUUGAACUUCUUGCUCGGCUUUGUCCGAAUUCCACUGGAGCUGAUAUAAGGAGUGUAUGCACAGAAGCUGGUAUGUUUGCUAUCCGUGCCCGCAGGAAGACUGUAACAGAGAAAGACUUCCUUGAUGCAGUCAACAAAGUUAUCAAAGGAUACCAGAAGUUCAGUGCAACUCCCAAGUAUAUGGUUUACAACUGAGUUUUUCUUUCAUCUUUUGUUCACGUGACCAUAUUGGGAGCAAGUACAAUAUUUUAUUAUUUCCUGUGAAAAUUGAAGGGCAUGUGGUUCUUUCAUGAGCAGUUUGUGAAACUCCUGUUUAAAUGCAACCUUGUCUGUGGCGAACGUUAAUUACAUCCAAAAUUGAGUAAGAGAGUAAAACAUUCUUUUAGCCCUUGAAAAAUAUACUCAAAUCCUCUAGAAACUAAUUUUGUUGAUUUAGUCUUUCAACGUUUGGAUUCUCAAUAAUUUAAUUCUUCCAUUUAUCUUAACCUAAAAUUGUUAUUCUAUAAAAUGUUAACAUUAUAUCAUAAAAUUUUAGUGAAUGCUGGUAUUUAAAUAUUUUAGUUCAACAUUUGUUGAUAAUAUUUAAUUCAUUAACUGAUAUUCAAAUAUAGUAUUCCAAAGUAUAAAUCAAUCAGAUAUUUAAAUAAUUAAAGUGCUGCAAGUGAGAAUUUUGAAAUUCUGAAUUGUUUUUAAAAAUAUUUGAAAAUUUGAUUGGUAUGAGACAUUUUUAAAGAAUUAGAAAUACUUUUAGUCCCAAGAAUGUGAGCUUAUCAUCACUUAUUUAAUGUUUUAAUACAUUUCCCGUAUUGUGUUUUUAUUUUUCCGUUAAGUAAUACGUCUAGUAGCCAGUUUAAGGACGGUAUUCAUUUUAAAAACAGAGAAGAAAAAUAGAAAUUGUCAAGCACAAAACAAGUUGUGUCUACAUCGGGUGUGCUUUAUAAUCUCAUAAGUAAUUUAUCAUAACUGUAACGAGUUUUUGAAAUUAAAAUAGCAAUACUGAUGAAAUUUAAAUACGUCGUUGACUGGAUUAAGGCAUAGCUCAUGAUACGCAGCAGCUGAACCAGGAUCAAAUUCCCAUCACUGAAUAUCUAUCUCUUUUGGAGCAUCAUUAACAUAGACUAUAUAAGAGUUUUGGUUUGCAAAACAGGAAACUGUUUCAAUAGAGUCAUGAUCCAGUGGUAGCAUACAUAAUUCCUUUUCACUACAAGAAUUAUGUAAGAGAACCAAAAAAUCACUGACUAGCUGAUUCAUGGCAUAAACAGCUCCUUCAGAUGCUAAAGGAAGAAAUCCGAAUAAAAUAUUUGUAGGAUCCGCAAUCACUACAAGGAGAUUAACUAUUUAUUUAGACAGAGUCUAUUACAAAAUAUUCCACAGAUAAAACCACAAAAUAUGAUGAAAAGUUUAUUAUUUAUUCCUAGUGAUUAACAACAAAUGGCAAGUGGCAACCAUAUUAAUUUAAACUGAACUUCAAUUUUUCAAAUGGUUAAAUUAUUGAAAUUUAUACCACCAAUAAAAGAAAUAGCUCAAAAACAUACAAUUGUCUAGCUUCAAUAUCCAACGGCGCACUUAAUCUAACUCGGAAACUGUCUUUAAGGUUAAAAAGAAAUGAUGAAAAUCUGAUGAAUAUUAUUUUCUUUCUAUGCAGUUCUAUCAACACAAGGCUUUUGUUCCCAUUUACAUGUCUUGUGUUUCUUGGUUAUCACCCCCACGGUUGGAUCCUCCUUGAUCAGUUCCAAAUGUUCGCUUGCUCAUGUUAGUUCGCUGCACUAACCGAACCAGCGCUUGAACCACUUCGGACAUAGGUGGUCGGAAUUCAGGCUCCGGCUGCCCCAAAAGUAAAAUUUUAGAAUAACAUAAUAAUGCAUUAAUACAUUGAAAUGUUCUUUAUCCCCAACAGUUGAACUUAGCACUUAGGAAUCCAAUUGGGAGCUCCCAGAUGGGUUGGAGUGAGAUAAGUGAGGUACAAUUGUUGCGUAACAGUUCGAAUAG